AAUUAUUCUUAUUGAUUCGGAAAAUUAACUAACCCGUCCCCCGAAUUCUCCUUUUCCUUUUUUCCUUUUUUUCCUUUUGACAACAGUUCCUCGCCACCGUCGUUUUCCUCCGUCGUAACCUCUGUUUAGAACUGGUACCUCCGAUUCUGCGAAGGCAUUGCCUUUUUCUCUUAUUCUGAACGCUCAUAUGGAAGACUGUGUUAAGCAGGAACCCGCUGAACCUUUACGUGCGCAAGAAACAAGCAACAAUCACGAGGUAUCAAAUGUGUUUCCCGCGUUUAUUGAGCUUAGCAGUGACAGCGAGUCGGAUUCCGAAGAUUCCGAGCAGGAAGUAGUUGACGGGAUUUUAGGAGGAGUUACGAGAAGCAUCGGACUCCCGAACGGCGUAGAUGGAGGAUUUUUGAAGAAGAGGAGGCUGAACGAGUUGGGAGUUAUUUUGCCUCUAGGUUUUCUUCCGCCCGCGGCGCUCGCUGGAACAGAUGUCGUGGCGGUUCCUUUGCCCCCGUCAGAAGAGCCGGGCACGGGACAAGUGGCGAGGACUUCGAACGCUAAUGCUUCUGCUUGUAAACAGUUUUGGAAGGCAGGAGAUUUUGAAGGAGCUCCUUGUAGUAACUGGGAGUCAUCGUCGGGUGGCAUGGACCACGUUAGGGUUCAUCCCAAGUUUCUGCAUUCUAAUGCGACCAGUCAUAAGUGGGUUCUCGGAGCUUUUGCUGAGUUAUUAGACAACUCAUUAGAUGAGGUUUGCAAUGGAGCUACUCAUGUUAAUAUAGACGUGCUUGUGAAUAAGAAAGAUACGACCAGAAUGUUACUGAUUGAAGAUAAUGGUGGUGGGAUGAGCCCCGACAAAAUGCGUCACUGCAUGUCAUUGGGCUAUUCAGAAAAAAGCAAAUUAGCAAACACUAUUGGACAGUAUGGUAAUGGUUUUAAGACUAGUACUAUGAGACUUGGAGCAGAUGUAAUUGUGUUCUCGCGUUGUGGAAAAAAUGGAAAAAGUGGCACACAGAGCAUUGGAUUACUGUCCUAUACAUUUUUGAGAAGCACUGGAAAGGAAGAUAUCAUAGUUCCAAUGCUUGACUAUGAAAGGAAGGGAGGUGAAUGGACCAAGAUAGUGCGAUCUUCUCUUAGUGAUUGGAACAAGAAUGUAGAAACAAUUGUUCAGUGGUCUCCAUUUGCCAGUGAAACUGAACUUCUUCGUCAGUUCUAUUUGAUGAAAGAUCAUGGAACUCGCAUUAUUAUAUAUAACCUCUGGGAAGACGACCAAGGACAGUUGGAACUGGAUUUUGAUACUGACCAACAUGACAUCCAAAUAAGAGGCGUCAACAGAGAUGAGAAGAAUAUACAAAUGGCAAAAAAAUUUCCCAACUCCCGGCACUUCUUGACUUAUCGACAUUCUUUGAGGGGUUAUGCUUCAAUUCUUUAUUUGAGGCUUCCUCCUGGUUUUCGUAUUAUUCUUCGUGGGAGAGAUGUCGAACACCAUAACGUAGUGAAUGAUAUGAUGAUGUCCCAAGAGGUCACGUACAGACCUCAGCCAGUUGCUGAGGGGGUUGUCAAAGAUACAAACAUGGUUGCAGUUGUAACCAUUGGGUUUGUGAAGGAUGCAAAGCAUCACAUAGAUGUUCAAGGAUUCAAUGUUUAUCACAAGAAUCGACUGAUUAAGCCAUUUUGGAGGCUUUGGAAUGCUUCGGGAAGUGAUGGUCGUGGAGUUAUUGGUGUUCUAGAAGCAAAUUUUGUUGAACCUGCCCACGACAAGCAGGGUUUUGAGCGAACAACUGUACUUGCAAGACUUGAGGCACGGUUGAUACAGAUGCAGAAGACUUACUGGGCUUCCUAUUGUCAUAAGAUCGGCUAUGCUCCAAGAAGAAUUAAUAAAUUUACCAAUCAGUCUCCGGAUAGAGAAAGUUCCCCCGAUGAUUAUUCUUUGCAAUCUUCACCUCAAUCAAGAAAGAAAAGUGCAAAGACACCUGAUAAAGUCUAUUCAGGAAAAGAUUCAGAAAAGUUUCAGAAAACAAAAGACUGUAGAUAUGUGAAUGGGGAUUCAAGUAAAGACAACAACAGCAGUAUGGCCCCUGAGCAAUCCAGGACACGACCAUCUUCUAAGCCACCUUCACCUUCUCCACGAGAAGUUUGGGUGGAUAGCCUGCAUGGAGGACAGGCAAACAGUAUUGGCAAUGGGACGUUUCAUGAGAAGGAACCUCAUGGAAAUGAUGUUUCAGUGACGAUGGAAGCGUCUUCAAAUGGAGGAGUCAGUCAAGCUCAGGAAGUUGGAUCGGGCUCAAGAGGACCCCAACUGAAGGGAGGAGAUGUAAACACUAAUGAGCGUUCCCUUUCAAGUUCUGAGUUCCACAUGCUACAGGAGGUGAAGGAAGAAAAUGCAGAAUUGAAGGAGAGAUUACAGAGAAAGGAAGCCGAUCUCAACGAAUUGCAGCAUGCAAGAGAUGGGUGUAAAUCACUUGAGGCUCAGCUUAAAGCAGCAGAGCUUAAAAUUGAGGAAUUGAAUAAAGAACAAGAAAGCCUAAUAGAUAUUUUCUCAGAGGAGAGAGAUCGAAGAGAGACUGAGGAGAGAAAUCUGCGAAAGAAGCUCCAGGAAGCAUCCAACACCAUUCAAGAGCUGCUAGAUAAGAUAAGAAUACUGGAAAAACGUUAGCUCCUUGUAGAAACUUGGAGCUCUGGAGUUACCAUUAACAUUCUUUUGGCGGCACCUUCCUCAUCACCGAAUUCUCUCACGCCUAUCGUGGCAAUUGCCAAGCUAGGCCCUUGUAAACGAAUACCGUCGAUGCUGUUCCUGCAAAAUUACUGUAAAUUCCGUGUAGAGGAGAGGUAUCAAACUGAAGAAAGUCUUGUAAAUUGAAACCGAAUGCAAUCAACCGAAUCAUUAUUCCUGCAAGAAGUUUCCAGUGGACACAUUUACUGACCAA